GGCGCUCCUUGCGGGGAUCCUGGGGGCCUGGGGGCCCAGGGCCAGCCCCGCCACCGCGCCCCGCCCCGCUCUGUCCCCGCAGCCUCCCGGGCUGCCGGGCUUUGUGGUUCGCCCGUGCGGCUGGGCCCCAGCUGGGGGUGUCGUUACGAGCAUGUGCAGACAGCAGCCCAAGCCUUCAGGAUAAUUCCUUCAGCAGCACCGCUGUAACAGAGUGUGACGAAGACACAAUCUCCCUACAUGAAGAUCAGACUGAUUGCUCCAGUCUCAGAGAUGAAGACAAUAAAGAAAAUUACCCUGACGCCGGGGCUCUCCUAGAGGAGCCCACACUGCCCUCUCGGGAGCCGCAGCAGCAUGUAGAGCAGACCUUGCUGGUGGACGGCGUGCUGCGACCCAGCAUGGGCAACUUCAAGUCCCGGAAGCCUAAGACCCUGCUCAAGGCAGAGAGCGGAAGGAGCCACGGAGAGAGUCAGGAGACAGAGCAAGUGGUACCCAGCCAGCCGGAGUGUCGGGGGAGAAUAGGAACACAAGCCCACGAGAGUCCACAAAAUCACCCCUUCAGGCACGAAGAAACAGUGCGAGUUCAACAAAGAAUCGACCAGAGGACUACCAUUUGGUCAAAGGAUGCUUUUGAGACUCAGCAGGAGUUAAAUGAGGAAGAAGCUGCUCAGGUGCAUGGACUCAAGGACGCAGCCCCAGCGUCGACCCAGAGUGUGCCUGCAGAAGGCGCAGAUGCUGCAGACCUUGCACCAGCCCACAAAGAUGGGCAGAAUGAAGUAGACAGUGCACCAGAAGACCUCCAGUCUGUUGGGACUAGCAGGCUGCUCUAUCACAUCACAGAUGGUGACAACCCACUGCUGUCACCACGAUGCUCCAUCUUCAGCCAAAGCCAGAGAUUCAACUUAGACCCUGAAUCAGCCCCUUCUCCACCCAGCACUCAGCAGUUUAUGAUGCCAAGAAGUUCUUCACGAUGCGGCUCUGUUGAUAGCAAGGAGCCACAGACCAUUACCCAGCUCACCAAGCACAUCCAGAGCCUCAAGCGAAAAAUUCGGAAAUUUGAAGAAAAAUUUGAACAAGAAAAGAAAUACCGGCCUUCACAUGGUGACAAGACUUCUAAUCCUGAAGUCCUGAAAUGGAUGAAUGAUUUGGCUAAAGGUCGUAAACAACUUAAAGAACUAAAGCUGAAGCUGUCAGAAGAACAAGGGAGUGCUCCCAAAGGGCCACCUAGAAACCUAUCCUGUGAGCAACCUGCAGUUCCCAGAGAGAAUGGGAAGCCAGAAGCUGUGGGCCCUGAGCCAAGCUCCUCUGGAGAGGAGACUCCUGAUGCUGUGUUGACAUGUCUGAAGGAGAAGAGAGAGCAGCUUCCUGCUCAGGAGGAUUCUAAGGGAGCUAAGCAAGACAAGAACCUCAUAAAGCCUCUUUAUGACCGAUACAGAAUUAUCAAGCAAAUCUUGUCAACACCUUCCCUUAUUCCAACAAUUGAGGAAGAGGACUCUGAUGAAGACUGUCCACAGGGAAGCCAACAACCUUCUUUGCCAGAUCCAGCAUCUCACCUUCCUAUUGGUGACCACCUCACCUUUUCUAAUGAAACUGAGCCUAUUAGGGUCCUGCUGCCAGAUGAAAAAAAAGAAAUCAAACAACCAGCUCUAUCCAUGUCCAAUUUACAUGAGGCCACGAUGCCUGUACUUCUUGACCAUCUCCGAGAAACUAGGGCUGACAAGAAGAGACUUCGGAAAGCCUUAAGAGAAUUUGAAGAACAGUUUUUUAAACAAACGGGAAGAAGUCCACAAAAGGAAGAUAGGAUACCAAUGGCAGAUGAGUACUAUGAAUACAAGCACAUAAAAGCCAAACUGAGACUAUUAGAGGUCCUCAUCAGCAAGCAAGAUGUGGCCAAAACCAUCUGAGUUUCAGGAAGUAUUUCAACAAGGAUAAGGCCAAGUUUCUUUACCACUGCCAUUCUUGCUAAGUAGUUUUGACAUUCUGAAAAUUGAAGCACUUUAGUGGUAAUAUGAGCUAUUUUUAAGAAGGGAUGGCAAAUGUAAUUAUAAAUGAGGGUGGAGGAUUUAAAUGGGGGAAAUAUAAUAAGUAACAGUAUAAUUGGAAAAAAAAAUAUUGUUCGCUCCAUGCCAAGGAGAAAACACAUGGUCAGUAUAAUUAUUUCAAAAAAUAUCUUAAUAUUUUAUCAAAUCUAAAUAAUACUUGUUCAGUGGGCCACUUGUUAGGAAAAGUCUAUUUUGUGUCCAAAAAUUGCUUAUGUUAAUAUAUGAGAAAGAGCAUGAUUUUUAAAAAAAUAAUAA